AUGGCUGAUGAAUCUAAAUAUCCAAUGGACUAUCGUGACAAUGGCGGCUACGAGACCCCGCCAAACGUCAUGGAUGUGCCGGCUGUUGAGGGCCAUACACUUUCGACGGAGGAGUUCGAUGAAACCCCAGUUCUUCCAAAACAGCGGGCAUCUAUGUCGAUCAAAGAUGCGAUAGUUAUGGCUUCCCAAGUGGCACUCGCGCAAAGUUCCGUGCAGACGUACUACUUCACUAAUAUCCUCAGUAAUCUGUUUGUCAAGUCAAAAAGUUCUGCGGCAAUGAAAGCAUUCACGGAUAUCUCCACCAUGGACGACAUCUGGAACUUCCUGGAAGGGGCAUUCAUGUCAAGCCUCUACGACAGCGAUGGCCCUUUCAUUGAUGAAACUGCAACGGUUUACUACAACAACAGACUUCUCGGACGGCCACGUAUACGAAUGCUGAAGGCGAAUCGAUGGAUCGACAGAGGCACACGGGCUCUUAUAAUAGACUUCUCGCUGUUCAACGCCAACGCGAAUCUGUUCUCCAUCGCGCGGUACAUAAUUUCUUUUACUUUAUUUAUUUGGUUUAUCCUUGUGCCGGCUGAGAGACCAGACUCACGAUCAAAUUGA